GUGGAAUUCUCCUUGGUACUGUUGCUGCAGCUGGAAUGCUUGCAGGUUUUAUUACAACGUUAUCAUUGACGAAAAAGAAAAGCCCUGAAUGGUUCAAUAAGGGAAGUAUGGCCACGGCUGCUUUACCGGAGAGCGGGUCUUCCCUUGCCUUACGAGCUCUGGGCUGGGGCUCACUGUAUCCUUGGUGUGGGGUUGGUGUAAUUAGCUUCGCAGUCUGGAAAGCUUUAGGAGUUCACAGUAUGAAAGAAUUUCGAAGUAAAAUGCAAUCAAUAUUUCCAGCAAUUCCUAAGAACUCCGAAUCGGCUGUUGAGUGGGAAGAAACAUUGAAAUCCAAAUGA